AUGUCGAAUGCGCCAGCUCUCCCCGAGCAACUCAUCUAUCUCAUCAUACGCUUUACGGCCUCAGUACCGGAUCUUCCACUCUCAAUACAUACCCCACGAACGAUUGCGACCCUCUCCCUCAAACAGCUCAUCCGCCAACACCUCCCAUCCGAACAUGCCUCCGCGCGCCUACGCCUCAUCUACGCGGGCAAAGUCCUCGCAGACACUGAGCCACUAUCGAAAUCCCUACGAUUACCACCCCCACCGCCUCCUCGAAAUACCAAGAACAGCGAUGCAGCGGGAGGCGGUAGCGGCGAAGCCAGCAAGAGCAAAGGCAAACAACCCCUACGCGAAACACCCGCGAUCGAAUACGGCACAACAACAGACAUAUCCAUACCCCCCUCAGCAAAGAAAUACUACAUCCACUGUUCCCUCGGCGACGCGCUCUCCGCCCCCGAACUCGCCAGCGAAGCCACACUCGCCCAGAACACAGAGAUAGCGUUGAAGUCGCAUUAUAGUACAUCUCCCUAUUCUGCGCCAGGACGGCGCGCAAGCAGUACGGCUAUAGACCACAAUGCACGGAGACGUAGCUCGACGGCUACGACGAAUACGGCGAAUACUGUGCCGCAAGCGCAGGGCUUCGAUAGAUUGCUAAGCUCGGGGUUUACGAGGGAUGAAAUCGCUUCUCUGAGGGCGACGUUUACGCAGAAUCUCUCGUUUACGCAUACGCCUGAUACGAUGCCUACGCCCGCACAGAUCCGCGUCUUGGAAGACAGAUGGCUGGACUCUUCCGCUAACGAUCCUUCUGCCUCGCUUACAGGUGGCGCUGCGGGGGCUGGUGGUGCUGGCACAGAUGCGGGCUGGGGCGCGGGGUUUGCGGUCGAAGAAGGCGGGUUGGACGAUAUGCUGUAUGGGUAUCUGACUGGCUUCUUCUUUCCGCUGGGAAGCUUGGUGUGGGGGUUUAGGGAGGAGGGCGUUUGGACGAGGAGGAGGCAGGUUGCUGUUGUCAUGGGGGUGGUGCUGAAUGCUGUUUUUGGGUUUAUGCGGUGGGGUGGGUAG